AUCAUUAUCCAUAUUAUCAGUCCGCAAGGAGCGAGCGUGGGUAAGUGGAAGAAGAGAUAACAGGCCGAAGAGCCUGAGAGUCCAAACCAACGAAGCAACGACGAUGGCAACCAUGGCUGCACUGCAAAGCUCCAUGAGCUCUCUUUUCCUAACCUCCAAUACCUUCUUGGGACAGCGUCUCUCCCCACCUACUCUCUGUCUUGUCCCAAUUAAAUCGACAGAGAAGCCAUGUCUCAUUUUUGCAAAGCUUAAGCGAUGGGAGCGGAAGGAGUGUAAGCCAAACAGCCUUCCCAUCUUACAUAAAAUGCAUGUUAAGGUAGGCGAUACAGUGAAAGUAAUAUCCGGACGUGACAAAGGAAAAAUUGGAGAGAUUAGCAAGAUCUUCAAGCAUAAUAGUACAGUGGUAGUCUCAGAGAUAAACUUGAAAACGAAGCAUGUGAAGAGCAGAGAAGAGGGUGAACCAGGGCAAAUCAUCAAGAUUGAAGCACCUAUCCAUAGCUCCAAUGUGAUGCUCUACUCGAAAGAAAAGGAAGUAGCAAGCAGAAUCGGUCAUAAAACCCUUGAAAAUGGGAAACGAGUUCGUUAUCUCAUAAAAACCGGUGAAAUAAUUGAUACUGAGGAAAGGUUGAAGGAACUGUUAGAAGGAAAGAAGAAAACUGAAGUAGCUGCUGCUGCUGCUGGGGGUGCUUCAUAAGCAUUCAAGGUUCUUUCACCAGUAAUGUAGCUUUUUUUUUUUUUUUUUUUUUUUUGUAAUUCUAGAGUUAUUUAUUUGGCUAUAAAGGUUCUUUCACCAGUAAUGUAACUCUUCUCAUUGUUGCUAUAAAGUAAUAGUUUUGCUUAGUCUGUAUUUGGCUGUAUUGUAUUGCAAACUAGAAUAUGGGGAGGUUGUUGAUGAUGCCAUUGCUCAUGAA